AAUAUGGGUCUCCACCCCACCACACAAAAAUCCCAGUAUGCCCCAGAAUGCAGUUUCUUUGCUUCAUGACGUGUUAGAAAGCACGUCAGCUGCUCCUUGUUGCUGUGCAGAUCACCCAGCGUCGGGUCAGGGAGAGAGACAGCAGCGCUGGCUCCCACAGCUGAUAGGAUUAGGCAGUGGUGCUUUGUCAGCCCUGAUUGAGCCCGAGAAAGCUCCAGCAUUCGCAGGUACCUCCUCCCGGACGGCGGCAGCGGCGGCGCGAGGAGCCGGCAGGCGGCGACGCGAUGGGACCCCUCCGGGAGACCAAGAAGGAGCAAAGAGUGCAGCAUCCUGAGAAGGAGAUUUCCAGAAGUCGAAUUCCUCGGCUGAUCCUGCGACCCCAUCUGCCCCUGCAACCGCACAAGGUGUCUCCAGCCUCGGAGUCUCCCUUCUCGGAGGAAGAGAGCAGAGAGUUCAACCCUAGCAGCUCCGGGCGCUCCGCGAGGACUGUGAGCAGCAACAGCUUCUGCUCAGAUGACACGGGCUGUCCUAGUAGCCAGUCUGUAUCACCAGUGAAGACCCCCUCAGACACGGGAAACAGCCCCAUCAGCUUUUGCCCUGGGAGCGAUGAAGACUUUACCAGGAAGAAGUGCACAACUGGAGUGGCUGGUGAAGGAAGCAUCCAGUCAGCACGCUACAAGAAGGAGCUGAAGUCAGGCCUUGGAAAGCCUGGUAGUGAAGCUGAUUUUAGCUCCUCAAGCAGCACAGGCAGCAUUUCCGCUCCUGAAGUUCACAUGUCGACUGUGGGAAGCAAGCGGGCCUCCCUUCCACGCAAUCGAGGUCCCCAUGGGCGGAGUAAUGGAGUCCCAUCGCACAAGUCUGGCAGCAGCCCACCAUCCCCACGGGAAAAGGACCUUCUGUCCAUGCUGUGCAGGAACCAGCUGAGCCCCAUGAACACGCACCCCAGUUAUGCACCUUCUUCCCCAAGUAGCAGCAACUCAGGGUCCUACAAAGGAAGUGACUGCAGCCCCAUCAUGAGGCGGUCUGGCAGGUACACGUCUUGUGGAGAAAAUCAUGGUGUCAAGCCUCCAAAUCCGGAGCAGUACUUGACUCCUCUGCAGCAGAAGGAGGUCACAGUGAGGCACCUGAAGACCAAGCUGAAGGAGUCAGAGCGCCGGCUUCAGGAAAGGGAGAGUGAAAUUGUGGAGCUCAAGUCCCAGCUGGCCCGCAUGAGAGAGGACUGGAUUGAGGAAGAGUGCCACCGGGUGGAGGCCCAGCUGGCACUCAAGGAAGCCAGGAAAGAGAUUAAGCAGCUCAAACAGGUUAUCGAAACCAUGAGGAGCAGCCUGGCUGACAAAGACAAAGGCAUUCAGAAGUAUUUCAUAGAUAUAAACAUCCAGAACAAAAAGUUGGAGUCCCUGCUGCAGAGCCUGGAGAUGGCACACAGUGGCUCCCUGAGGGAUGAUCUGUGUCUAGACUUUCCCUGUGAUCCCCUGGACAGGAGCUUACCCCCCAGCGCCCCUUUGGACAAGAUGGCAGAUGGGCCUUCCCCAGAUGAGCCACUCACCGAGGAAGGGGCCGACAGUGAGCUACUGCUGGUGGAAGACAGCAUGGCCGACGGCUUGGGGGCCUUCCGCGAGAUGGAGACAGCCCCCACCACUGAGUCUGGUGACUUGGAGCUUUUUCAUGCUACCCUUGAGGACCAGGUGUUUGCCAUGCUGCCUGUGGCAGUGGAUCAAGAGGAAGCCAGUGUGGUGGUGGAGCAAGCUGUCCAGACCGACGUGGUGCCCUACAGCCCCGCUGUCUCGGAGCUCAUUCAGAAUGUGCUGAAGCUGCAAGACCCCUGUCACCCCAGCUCGGCGUCUCCUCCGGAGCCCGGGGCUAACACGAUGGAGAGCUUCCCAGAGUCCAACUCAGUCCUGAUGCUUGAUUUAACCCCAAGAAAUCCGAACUCAGCCAUCCUUCUGUCUCCCAUGGAGACCCCAAACCCCAAGACGGGUCUGGAAGUGCAUGCAAACCGCCUCAUGAGAGAGCUGGAUUUUGCAACCUACACAGAGGAAAGGCUGGAUGGGUUCCCCUCGCUGUCUCAGAGGGGUGUUGUGGGGCAGUACUGGAGCAGCAGUUUUCUGGUGGAUCUCCUGGCUGUGGCUGCCCCAGUGGUCCCCACUGUCCUAUGGGCAUUCAGUACUCAGAGAGGGGGAACAGAUCCCAUCUACAACAUCGGAGCCUUGCUCCGUGGCUGCUGCGUGGUUGCCCUGCAUUCACUCCGUCGCACUGCCUUCCACAUCAAAACCUAA